ACAAGGAGUGUAAAAGGAAGCACCAGUCACUGGUGAAGGUAGGAGAGCUAUAGACUCAGCUCAAGAUGAAGACAGCAAUUGCAUGCAUACUCUUCUCCUUAGUGCUGGGUGCCAUCUUCUCAGAUGCAGCCAGCCAAGUGAUGAAGGCAGGUGGAUCCAAUAAAAACCAAAGGCCAGAUACUUUUACACAGAAGGUGAAACCAGGGGCUAAUGGUGAUCAAGAAGAAGAGAAAAGUGGGGGUAAAUUACCUACUGGCAACACACAGGGUGUUCAAAGUGGCAACAGGAAACUAUCAGAUGACCAGGUUGCCUGUCCAGCACUCUUUGACCCUGUUUGUGGUUCUGAUGGGAAAACCUAUAGCAACAUGUGUAUGUUUAAUGAAGCAAAUAAGAAAAGCAAUGGAAAACUAAACCUGAAACACAAAGGAAAGUGCUGAAUUCCUGGGGGGACCAAAUAUCAGAUUAAUCAUUAUCUAUGUUUUCCUUUAGCUCUUUGCUUCCUAGAGUCUAUUUGUGCUCAGAUUGAGGGUUUGGGGACUUCUAUGAUUGUAUAUCACUAUUCAUUUCAAUGAAUAAUAAAAUCAGCUCUAAACUGGC